AGGGAAAAUGAACGCAGCUAUGUGAUUAUAAAAAAGGCGUACAACUCUUUGAAGUCCAAGCCAGAGUCCCCUCCUGUACCUACUCAUUUCCAGGAUGUCGCAUUCUUCAUCUACCUACAAAAGAUAUAUAGACCCUUCUUACUCUAAGAGUUAUGUUGGCUACGGCUCCUACACCUCAGGCCUCAGCUCUUCUUACAGCGAUCGCAAUAACUCGCCUUUUAAGUCCAGUUUGAGUAGUUCAUACUACCCCAGCUCUCACUUGCGUUCCUACCAUGAUCUAGAUCGAAGUCUUCCCUGCCUGGAUCCAACUACUAAAAGGACAGAUUUUCUAUCACGCUCUUCAUCUAAAUACCUUACAAACGGCUAUUCCUAUGGAUACAAUAGCACUCUUCCAACUUACACCAGCACCUCUCUAUCACGCAAAAAGUCAUACAGUCAUACAGACCUGUCCCUUGGACUCUCUGAACUACGAACCUCAGACACUUACUACCCCCAUAGCCCAACAAAAACACGGUCACAUUUGGAAGCCGAUGGACACUCCCGAAUUUCCUAUGUUUCCAACACUAGAGAGUCCACUGAUAUAUAUGGAAAGAAAAGAGGCUCAUCUAAUGGAUAUGGAAGCUCUUCUACACUCUCUUCAGAGGCUAUUACCCUUUCCAAGCCUUCUUCUCAAUUUUCAUACAACUAUGACAAGACUGAGGGGACCAGCCAAAAGGACGCACCACCCCACAAACUUGUACAAGGUUUGGUUGGCCUGCGGAAUCUUGGCAAUACGUGCUUCAUGAACUCCAUCCUUCAGUGUCUGAGCAAUACUAAGGAUCUCAGAGACUAUUGUCUACAAAACGCGUAUAAGCGUGAUCUCAACGCAAAGAACGGCAAUACAGCAAUUAUGGAAGAGUUUGCCCGUCUGCUUCAAGCAAUGUGGACACGUUCUGUCAAUGAGGUUGUGAGUCCCAUGGAGUUUAAAAGUCAGAUACAGCGAUAUGCCCCACGUUUUAUGGGAUACAAUCAACAGGACGCACAAGAAUUCUUGAGGUUUCUUCUAGAUGGACUGCACAAUGAAGUCAACAGGGUGACAGUCAAACCCAAACCCAAUACUCAGGAGUUGGACCACUUGACUGACUCACAGAAAGGCAGGCAAAUGUGGAAGAGAUAUUUGGACAGAGAAGACAGCAGGAUUGUGGAACUGUUUGUUGGCCAAUUGAAGAGCUCACUUACAUGCAGUGAAUGCGGAUAUUGUUCUACGGUAUAUGACCCAUUCUGGGACUUGUCACUACCCAUUGCUAAGAAGAGCGUUUCAGAUGUGUCUUUAAUGGAAUGCAUUCGUCUUUUUACCAAGGAAGAUGUUUUAGAUGGGGAUGAAAAACCAACAUGCUGUAGAUGUAAAGUUCGUAGAAAAUGUAUCAAGAAAUUCACCAUCCAGAAAUUUCCAAAGAUCCUUGUACUACAUCUUAAGCGGUUUUCUGAAGGUCGCAUAAGAAGUAGCAAGCUUUCCACAUUUGUGAAUUUCCCUCUUCGAGACUUAGACUUGCGGGAAUUCUCUGCAGAGCACAGCACUCAAGCUACAUAUAAUCUUUAUGCUGUGUCCAAUCAUUCGGGCACUACCAUGGGAGGUCAUUAUACUGCUUACUGCAAGAAUACAAACAAUGGAGAGUGGCACACAUUUAAUGACUCAAGGGUUACAGCAAUGUCUUCCAGCCAGGUGAGGAGUAGUGAUGCCUAUGUGUUAUUCUAUGAGCUAUCAGGACCUUCGUCCAGGAUGUAAACUUCAAACCACUAACAAAUGCAGUGAAGAUGCAAUUGGAUCAGCUGUGAAAACUCUCCAGUUGGGACAUAAGAACCUUCAGUUAUGCCACAUUGAGUUAAAAUAAUUAUUUUUUAAAUACACCAGCAUUUCAUACAGUCACUAGUUGCCUUAAGUCAUUAUCCAAAGAACUGUGGCCUUGAACUGA